CAAGCACACAAAGAUUCAUUCACCUUCUCCCAACCCCUCAUCUCUCCUCCUUUUGCCCAAAUUCACCCAGUGAGUUGGAGCAUUUAAAAAGAUUCUUCUGACAAGAAGACCAAAAGAAGAGAAGAAACAGGGCUGGAAGUCAAGAUGAAAUUUGUGGUACUUCCUGUUAUCAUCGGGUUGUCUUUGCUGCUAGGCCACCAGGCCAUGCCCACCAAUCGCCUGUCUUGCUACAGAAAGCUACUAAAAGAUGGCAACUGUCAUAGCCUUCCAGAAGGAGUACCUGACCUACCCAAGACAGAUGGAAAUAUCCAGAAUCAUUUCUGGGCUGGAAAGAGAUGUGAAAUGAUCUGUUACUGCAACUUCAGUGAAUUGCUCUGCUGCCCAAAAGAUGUGUUCUUUGGCCCAAAGAUAUCAUUUGUGAUUCCUUGCAGUCAUCACUGAGAAUCUUCCAGGACUUCAGAGAACGCCAUUCCUAAUU